AUGAAUCGGCUAUGCCCGACGUGGGAGCGCAGGAAACUAAGCGUGGCAGUUUGCCCCUGGGCAACUAUCACUGGCGCUGAGGAAAACCGGGGCUACAUCUUAGUCACGGCCCAAUUGGUGCUUCUGCGUUGCCAACGCCGACGCCGACGGCGAAGCCGACGCAAAAAAUGCGCAUUUGUUUGUAUGCACUGCUUGCUGAGUGCAUCUGCCUGA